UCAAACUGUCAUGCAACUUUACAUGCAGUAAAGUGCACGUAAACCAUAAAAGAGACAGGAGACAACCAGUGUUUACCAAAGAGCUAUUGUGCAAAAGUGAAGGUCGACUGUGGUGCCAACAACCUCUGACACUGACUUCGCAUGGACGGCGCUAAACAAGCCGCAGUUCCCCCGCAAAGACGGCCUCGUCUGGACGAGGCACAGCUGGACGUCCUUGGGCGGCGAGUAGGAAAGGGGUCCCCGUCAGUUUUGCAGAGGGUGAAGGCACAAUGCUGGUGCUCCAGAUCCAGGUUGAAGAGCUGCCUGCUGAGUCGUGUUCCCAUCCUGUCAUGGCUGCCUGGGUACUCCAUCAGAGAUAACACUAUCUCUGACUUGGUGUCUGGGGUCAGCGUGGGCAUCAUGCAGCUGCCACAGGGUAUGGCUAAUGCCAUGUUGGUGGGAGUUCCUCCAGUCUUUGGUCUCUACACCUCCCUCUAUCCCCUGCUCGUCUAUUUCAUCUUCGGCACCUCCAGACAUGUCUCCAUCGGUCCUGUCAGCAUCCUUGCCAUCAUAAUUGGGUCUGUGACUUCUAACGUGGAGGUGCUUAGCAAUGGAAGUGAAGAGAACAAAGAUCUUUUGGAAGCGGCCAAAGUCAAUGCGGCUGUACAAGUCACCUUCCUCUGUGGCCUCAUACAGAUCCUGCUGUUCAUGCUGCGUGGAGGCGGUGUGUGUCGCUGGUUGUCUGACCCUGCAGUCCGAGGUUACACCACAGCGGCGAUGUUGCACGUCUCCCUGCUGCAGCUGCCUCUGAUGACUGGAAUACCUGCACGGAAACACAACGGCCUGCUGGCCUCCUUAUGGACUCUGAAGGACGUUGUGUUUGGAGUGACCAGUGCUGUAGCAGGAACUCUUCUGGUCUCUGCGGUUUCCACGGUGAUACUCAUUGGAGGCAAGAUGCUGAAUGGGCACUUUAAGAACAAACUCCCUGUCGUUAUACCCUGGGAACUCAUACUGAUUGUUCUGGGCACCAUCCUGUCGGUGCAGAUGGAUCUGGCAGGACAACAUGGAGUCCAGGUGGUGGGACACAUACCCAGUGGGUUGUCCCCUCCUGUCCUCCCCUCUCUCUCCCAGGCCAGAGAGCUGUUCAUCCCAGCUCUGUCCUCGGCUCUGGUCGGGUUCAGUUUCUUCACCACCAUAGUCACAGUGUUCGCCCAGAAACAUGGCUACUCCGUGGACUCCAGUCAGGACCUACUGGCUCUGGGCCUGUGUAACGCCAUAGGAGGGAUGUUUCAGUGCUUUGCUGUCAGCGGUUCUUUCUCCCGCAGCGUGGUGCAGGACAGUAUUGGUGUGAAGUCGCAGAUGGCAGGCCUGGUAUCGGCUCUGAUGAUGCUCACUAUCUUGCUGAAGAUUGGUCAUCUCUUUGAGCAGCUGCCAAAGGCAGUGCUGGCAGUGAUCGUUGUGGUCAAUCUGAAAGGGAUGCUGGCUCAGUUUAAAGACGUGUGUUUGUUGUGGAAGGCUGAUAAAUUGGAUCUGGUGGUGUGGGUGACGGCGCUGUUUUCCACGCUGGUUUUCAACCUGGACUUGGGACUGGCUGUGGCCGUCGGCUUCUCUCUGCUCGUGCUCAUCUACAGGACGCAAAAUCGCUCCUCCUGUGUUAUUUUGGGUCGAAUUCCUGGCACAGACUGUUACAGAGACAUGGGACUCUACGCCGAGGCAAAGCAAGUACCUGGGGUGACGAUACUCUCCUGCCCCAGUCCAAUUUACUUUGCCAAUUCUGUACUGGUCUUCACAGAGAUCAGAGAGACAGUGAGUCGUGGUCGAAAGGAAAACUCAGCGGUGGUCCAGAUCUCCUCCUCCUGCUCGCUCUCCUUCUCCUCCCCCGCAGCCCAGACACCAGCACACACACACCGUUUGGUUCUGGAUCUCAGCUGUGUUCACUUCAUGGACUCCGUGGCCAUGGCGGCACUGUGCAAGGUUGUGGAAGACCUGGAAGUGCACGGUGUCACAGUAUUUCUGGCAGGUUGCCCAGAGAGAGUGUUGCAGCAGCUCCAGACUCAGGGCUGCAUACCCGACGUCCUGCCCAGAUCCUGCCUCUUCCCCUCAGUCCACCAUGCCGUCCAGCACUGCCUCAGCGACCUGAGCGGCUCUGUGGAGGAAAUCCGCCCAGAUGUGAGUGAAUGCUGACCCAAGAACUCAGUGCUGCCUUUGCAUGUAAAGUCGUCUUCCAGCCACAAAGGGACAGAGAGAAAACCCCCAAGGUGCUACAACCAGGCGUUUAGUUUCCUUUCUUGUAACAGGACAGUCAAAGCUUCAUUUCACAAAGCUGAAGUGAUAAACUCACAUGUGCAGUGUGUGUAAACCACGUGUGUACGUCCAGACAGAUGGAGCUGUUACCACUCACAAUUACGCAUGUGUAGCCCAGCAGCCGCUAUAUCAUAUUUUCAGUCAGUGUUGUGCAAUAUAUAUAUUUUAACAGACAUAACGUCAUUCAAAGUGACACGGCAGUAAAGAAUGUGUCGAGUGAUUUCAGUCGCCUUACAAUAACACAGCAAAGCAAACAAAAACACAGCAACACAUUGUCUGACACGCUGAUCCAGUCGACUUUGGUUUCGUUCCCACGUUAUGGUUUCCGUCCGUCCAGAACGCCUCUGUGUGUGUGUGUGUGUGUGUGUGUGUCUAUGUGUGUGUGCG